AUGCGCGCGCAUGUCCUGGCCCAUCUAGCAGAUCAUCGUGCACGCGUGUCCCCGGGGAGCACUAGCCCCCCCUUGAUGGUUGGCUUCCAGGGCCCUCAAGGCAGCGGCAAGACGUUCCUAUCGUCUCUGCUCGCCGAGACGCUCAGGGCCCCGCCGCAUUCGCUCUCCGUCGCGGUGCUGUCGAUCGACGAUCUGUACCUGCCCCACGACGGCCUUGUCGCGCUGGCGCAUGCCUACCCUCACAAUGGCCUUCUCAAAGGGCGCGGACAGCCGGGGACGCACGACCUGCCUCUCGGGCUCGCUGUCUUGAACAACCUGCGGGAGAUCAACGACGGCGCCGCGCGCGCGGUGCAGCUCCCGCGCUUCGAGAAGAGCCUGCACGGCGGCGAGGGCGACAGAGUCGAGGGAGGCCCGGUCGUUCGCCCCCCGCUGGACGUCGUGAUCCUGGAGGGGUGGUGUGUGGGGUUCUACCCGAUCGCAGACGGGGAGCUCGAGCGCCGCUGGGGCCGCCCGGUCCCGGGGCUCGGCGCGGACUUUCUCGAGAGGCGCGGAUUCCGGAAGGACGACGUCCGGGAGGUGAACGGGCUGCUGAGGGCGUAUCUGCCGUGGUGGGACUGCCUGCAGGUGUUCGUCCAGAUCAAGCCGGAGGACGCGCACCCGUACACGCACAUAUACAAGUGGCGGCGGCAGCAGGAGCACCAUAUGAAGGCGCAGAACGGCGGGAAGGGCAUGACGGACGCGCAAGUGGAAGCCUUCGUGGACCGCUAUAUCCCGGGCUAUGUCUUUUUUGGGGACGGCGUGACGGAGGGAGGUGUGGACUCUGGGGGCGAGAUGCGACGUCCGCCGUGGCUGCAGCGCGGACAGAGGAUCGAAAUCGACGAGAAUAGAGAGGUCGUGGGUGUGAGCACAUUCUAAGUAUGGAUAUGCGCGGGACGUUGUGGUACAUCCUUCCUGCGCAUUGUAUACACAUCGCGGGUAACGCGUAACUUCUUGCCGGUCAACCUUACACGGCUGCUGCACCAGGAACGAUACCUGAACCACGCAUUUCCCCACGCUAGAAUUUUUAUCUGGAAACGGCGGCUCUCAUCUUAUUCUGCACGCUAUUAGCUUGAGGUUGCCCCACACACAGUCUCACAGACAGCACACCUCAUUUCUAUCUCGAUCCCUCCUCGACCAUCUGGCUACCGUCGCUUAUCUCACCGCCCCAU